CACCAGCUAUGCUCGCACUAGGUUUUGUUGGCUAGCAUAGCCACAUCCUGACAGGCUGACACGUCCAUCCUCCACUCCAGCUCCGCUUUCGGUUUUCAGUCCACCUCCCUCUCCUGCGUCGACCCUGCAGUCCAGAGCCUUUACGCGUGAGCCACCUCCGCUUCCAGGAGCUUCUCGAAGGGGGGCCGCCGAUGACCCUCUGAUCGUCCGUCGCCAUGGGCUGCGCCGGAUCCACCCCUAAAUCUGACGGCAGCAGUAAGAAGCUGAAAAAGCCAAAGCCUUGGAAGCACACACAAUCAAUAAGCCCGGUAGAGCUCAAACAGAUGCGUGAAGAAUUCUGGGACACUACUCCUCACUAUGGUGGACAGAAAGAAAUCUGGGAUGCACUUCGGGCCGCUGCGGAAGCUGAUCUGUCUCUCUCGCAAACUAUAGUAGACAGUGCUGGCAUCAUAGUCUCAAAUCCUGACAUGACACUUUGCUACGAUGAAAGAGGUGCCAAAUACGAGCUACCAAAGUACGUUCUGAGCGAGCCAACCAAUUUGAUCCGGGAGGAAUGAAUUCAUAUACCGUGAAGGUGAAAGGCUCGUGUAAAUUAUGUGAACCUCAUUUGUUCAGCGACUUUAGUCUUCACUUGCUCAAGAGGUCAAUGGACAUACCACACUUAAUUCAUAACUAGAAGGGCAGUGCGUGCUUUGCCGUGUCGUUUAUAUUCUUGAGGUUGUACAUGUUUCAUGUAAUUCUUUUAAUGUUCUGGAAAAAAAUACGUAUUAGUUGGUUUGGCGUGUGGGGAUACAAUGAAGUGUAUUAUUUUAUUAGAUAUGCUAGUCCUAAGGACAUACUUUCGGGAA